CGAUGGUCGCCAAAACACAAUCCAUACAUAUAUGUAUCACUCGAUAUUGACUCACUUUCUGCCCCUUUCAGCCACUUUAUCAUGUUCUUCGACUGAGCAGAUGGCUGCUGCAUACGGCGCUAUGGUAUAUUGUGCAACUAAUGCAACUGGCGCCCGGGGUGUCCGCCCACUACGCUGAGAUGUACAGCGACAUGAACGGCACUGAGCCGGAGCCAGAGCACCACCACAAUGGCCAUGGCAAAAAGUCGGAGACCGAGGAGCAUUGGCUCCGCUAUCUGACACUGCACCGGACACGCGUCAAGUCCUGCGACAUGCAGCGAGAGCUCUACACGCUCUACAACGAGAAGGACAACGUUUUCUACAAUAUGACAGCGCACGCAUGCGAGCGGCCAUUUGUCGUCCUGCCCAUACCGUUCAGCAACCUCAUACUACUGGUCGUCGACCAGCUCUGUCCGCGGGACGCUGCCCUCGUGCUAACGGUCAAUCCGCAGACCAUCGACUAUCAUCUGUCGGUGAACGAUUCGCUGGCCUGCUACAAGCACGCCCGCGAGUUCAACCGCGUGCAUCCCCAGAGCUGCAUCAGUCGGCAUGCGAAUGAGAGCAACAUCAAGCUGUGCGGUAAGGCCUGCUCCCUCUAUGCGAACCUCGCCCUCUUACUGCUCUGCCACAUCCUGAGUCGCUGGCUGUAACGGCAAUCGACCAGAUUAGCUUAAAUCUAGGCAAUACGUUUUUGUAUCAUAUUGUACGAAUGUAGGACCCCAGCCCCCCUCCCGCCCCACGACCCAACAGCAAUCCCCAGAACAAAGGAAUUUUUUACUCUCAAUGCUUGAGCGCAGUUUAAUAAUACUUAAAAAUAUUUUUGGUCACCUAGAGAAACUUUUCCAAAUUAGUUCUUAAGUAGCUAAAUAUGUAUCUGUUUUCGGUGGUUGAGUGGCGGAGGAGGAGGAGGAGGAGGUGGAGAAGGAAACCAAAUUGAAUACCGGGAAAGUGCGUGCCGACUGUGACAGGUGGACGGGUGACUGGGCGGAGCGCCAGGCUUAAGCUUGCAUAUAUGUAUAGUAUAUAUUGUGGACCUUCCAAUAGACAAACUUAAUUAGAAAAUGUACACUUACGAGUAUUACGUAGAGUAUAUGAGACUACACAAAUCCAAUAACGGCCUUAAACGACUUGCAAAAACCACAUAUGUACAUACAUACAUAUGUAUUAUACGCUGAACGCCAAGCACCGUCGAGGGCGCGAUUCAAGUAAUAGAACGCAAUAGAACUCAUGGCACGCACUGUACCAAUGCCGACUACUGCCCAUGGUUAUGUGAGUGAUUGAGUGAGUGAGGAGCGAGUGAGUGUUUUCAAUGAGUGUUGUGUUCGAAUGAAAGUGAAUGUGAAUGUUUGUUGUUAAAUCUUAAUUUAAGACGGACACAUUUGUAAGUAAUACUUAGCUACAAAGAUUUAUGUUUAAUGAGCGGAUCAAGAACACUAUCGAUUAAGCGAAUAAUGGAACCAUUGAAAGUAUAUAGACAUAUAUAUAUUUAAUGUAUGUACACACCCACACACUUAUACGAUAUACUACCUAUAUAAUACAUACUAUACAUACAUAAAAACAAACAAACAAUACAUACAUACUACAUCUAAGUAGCUUUUGUAUAUUUGCUUAGCUUAGCCCGCAUUUGGGGGGAGAAACUGACCGAAAUUUCUGCCUUGAAGAAUUACAUACAUACUUUUGUAACCACAGAUUCGUUAAUGAUGAUCUAAGCCGAAACUGACCUACAUAAAUGCAAUGUUUUUAUAUAUAUAGUUAAUGCGAAAUACGAAUUAAUGACGACGAUGAUGAUACGUAGCAUAACCCACAAGUACCUACAUAUAUGGAAGACGGAAGGAUAAAUCAACUUUUUAUUACUACUACUUGAUACUUGAGCCACAGAACUGAGCCGCGGACAGCGCUGAUUGGUGUUAG